UCCACCUCGCGAGCAAGAUCGCCUGCGCUGGGCCAUGGCGCCGGCGCCGUUCGUAUACCUCCGCCCCUCCGACGACGGCACCCGUCAGGGUGCCCUCUUGAUGGCGGCCUUCGACGGCAACCUCGGCCGCCUCAAAGGUUCUGUAAAGAGUCUUCUCAAAGAGAAUGGCGAUCCAGGGACCAUUUUUUCCCUCAAUCGGGAUGGCCUGAGCGUGCUGCAUCUCGCGGCAUCCCAAGGCCAUUUGGAGAUGUGCAAAUACUUGGUGGAGGAUCUCGGGGGAGACGUGAAUGCUCCUGGAGUUUUAGCUGGAGCUGGAGGUGCGACACCUCUUAUGAUCUCUGCUCAAUCCGGAGAUGUUUCUAUGGUGAAAUAUUUCCUUGACCAUGGCGCUGAUCCAGUGGAAGCAGAUGUAAAAGGUCGCACGGUUCUCCACCAUGCUGUGGCUGCAGGAUGCUGCAAGAUAACAGAGUUCCUGCUUUCAAAAGGAGUACCGGUAGACAUAGACUGUGGCUGUGGGACACCGCUAUGUGAUGCUGCUAUCAAUGAGCGGGAUAAAACAAUGAAGAUUUUGUUGGACCACCAUGCAAAUCCUAACAUCAUUGUUAACGAUAUGGGAUAUCCCCUGCUGAAUGCUCUUCUCUACCGUUCAUUGAAGUGCAUGAAGCUGCUAAUUAAGGCUGGUGCUGAUGUAAAUGGCAAGGGUUCCAGGAUAACUCCGUUAGGUUUCGCUACGGGGUUUGAAGGUUAUACCAACUUCAUUCAGUUUCUGUUAAAGGCUGGGGCAGAUCCUAAUAUUCCCGAUGACUUGGGUAGAUUACCAAUAGAGCGUGCUGCAGUACGUGAUUGCAAGGAGGAAGUUGAAAUGCUGUUUCCUUUGACUUACCCGAUACCAAAUGUUCGAAACUGGAGUAUUGAAGGAGUAAUCUCGCAUGCAAAAAUUCAAGCUAAGAAGCCACUGGAUCAACGAGACAUUGAGAGAAGAAAAAAUAUUGUCAAGUCACAGGCAGAUACGACAUUCAAGCAGAAGGAUUAUAAGACGGCGCUGAAACUUUAUGACAUGGCAAUAGAUCAUGGAGAGACUGCGGCACUGUAUGCGAACAGGAGUAUUUGUAAGCUGGCCAUAGGUGACGGUGAAGGUGCUCUGUCAGAUGCUCUCAGGUGCAGAAUGCUGCGACCUAAAUGGGCAAAAGCUUGCUACCGUCAGGGUGCAGCUCACAUGGUACUGAAGGAGUACAAACAAGCUCGUGAUGCUCUUCUGGAUGCACAAAAACUAGACCCUGAGAAUGCUGAGGUUGAGAGAGAAUUAAGGAAGGCGAUGGAACUAAUGAAGACCUCCUGAUGAAAGUGAGCAGAGAGGUGUGGUGGUGUGCAUUGGUCUGCAGGCUGCAACUUGUGCAAGCUGUUGCUGAAGUAGAGCUAGCGAGAACUCCAAAAUGCCCAGUUUCUUUGAAGAGUAAAAAACUCAGAAAAAACAUGUUAAUUUAUAAGUGCUACAUGUCCCACUUAUUUGGCCUGGAGCAAGCAGGAACUACUAUCCACAUGUUUUGUCACGAGUUAAACUGAAUUGCUUUGCCUGACCGACUACAAAA